AUGUCGGUGACGCUACACACUACCCACGGGGACCUCAAAGUCGAGGUGUUCUGUGAAAGCGUCCCCAAAACUGCAGAGAACUUUCUCGCCCUCUGCGCAUCCUCCUACUACGACGCCUCGCCCUUCCACCGCCUCAUCCCCUCCUUCAUGGCCCAGACCGGCGCCCCCGCCAACCCAAACCCCCCCGACAACCCCAAGGGCGGGCGCUCCAUCUACGGGCCCACGUUCGAGGACGAGAUCCGGCCGGGCCUGCGGCACCACGAGCGCGGGGUGCUCAGCAUGGCCAACAAGGGCGCCAACACCAACGGCAGCCAGUUCUUUGUGACCUUCGCGGCGGCGCCCCACCUCGACGGCAUCAACACCGUGUUUGGCAAGCUGCUGGGCGAUGAGAGCCUCGCGACCCUGGCGCGCAUCGAGGCUGUGGAGGUCGACAAGAAGAAUAGGCCGCUCGAGCCCGUGCGCAUCGAGAGGGUGACGGUGCACGCUAAUCCGUUGGCGGCGUGA